GUGGCAGGAAAUCUUUCUAAAUAGCGCGCAUUUGCCACCGUGCACAGGACACUCCUGACUGGGCCAACGCUGAGGCCAAACGUCUUCGGUCGACACGUGCUCCAGACCCUGUACACAUCGUGUUACGCAUCCCUCAGCGCUGCUAAGACCACGCCGCUGGAAGUGCCUUCCGAGCUGUCUGUGCUGCUUGUGGAACGCGACAUGCGCGCCGGCAUGGAGGUUGCCCUUAACACGUCGUUGCAGUGGGGGCUCGAGAUGCUUUGGGGAGCACGUCUGGAACGCAACGACACGGUAUCCAGCUACGUGCAUCUCUACGCGGGCCAAUCGAUCGCCGAUAAAUUCGAAGGAAGGGGUCGCGGCAUGUCUGCAGACGCCGUGCUAUACCUCAGGCACGUUGUUGACGCCCUGGACAUCAAGCGCUUGGCAACGAUCGUGGACGACGCAGUGCAGUUUGAUGAAGCAGUACAGCGCCAGCUAUGCUGUAGGGAGGGCCUCGACAGCAGAUGGGUGGGUUUGGACGACCUGGACGAGUUUAGCUGGUACCUUAACGGAAAACAGUGGUGGAAUGCCUUUGCCCGACACCUGUGGAACACGGAACCAGAUGAGGCUGGCUUGCAGAAGCACUUGCUGGUCACGGGACACAAGCAGAUAAAGAACGCCUUCACAAUCCUCGAAAAACACGCGGACGACGUGGCGCUGCUCUACAUGUACCUGCUGGCAUCAGCUGAGGUGCUUCAGUUUGACUACCGUAAGAACACGUUCAAGAAAGGCACGCUGGACUCCGGCGUGGUAUUCUCCUGCAUGGAAGCAGCGAGGCGAGUCCUCUCUCCAUCGUGGGCCUAUGUCGUCGCAGACGCAUCUGGCUAUGCCCACGACACAGUCGCUGUCGGCGACAUGUACGAACGGUUCCUGUCCUUGAGCAACGACAGUCCGUACUCGACCUCCAUGGACAAUGUGACCCGUUUACGAGCCAACAGCCAGAUGACUGCGCUGACGAUCGAUGCCUUUCCUGCUUUCCUGCCUAUCAACGGCGUCGAUAUUAUCAUGUUCUCCAACGACUUCAGACUCCAAGGUGUCUUCGGUUCUGACUAUCUGCGGCUUCUCAGCAUGUCCCAGUCGCUGGUGCGCGAUAGCGAGCAGCGCGCCGGUCUGGACCACCUCAACGACGACCAGGCCAAAGGCAUCCUCGAGUAUUCCGUUCUCACGCGCAGUCUGGUGGUGCCCACUGCUUACACCUUUUCGCCUGUGUUCUAUGAACAAGACGUUCCCGAAAGCUUCAACUACGGCACAGUCGGAAGCCUCAUUGCCAAGGAGUUGUCCGAGGUGCUGGCACCCGGCAGUCCCUCCAUCACUGGAGAAGCAACGGCAGAAGCGUCAGGUGAAUGGUGGACUGAAGCUUCAAGGCGAUCUUUCAAUAAGACAAUGCAGUGCUGGCAGCGUCUUGCCAACAAGACCGGAGUGAGCGGCAACGGUGGUGGGAGCAGCAGCAGCAGCGCCGCUACCUCGGAGUGGAGCCUGCUCGAGCGGUCCCUGUUCGUGUGGAGCCGGGGUGCGCGUAUGGCCUUCGACGCGAUGCGCAAGGUGGUUCAGCGUAGAGCCCUGCGCUCGACUUGGGAUGCCCACGUGCUCGAUGAACAGUGGCGGAUGCAGCAGCGCGUCUUCUUCGCCCGCUUCUGCCUCCUGGCGUGCUCGGCGGCCCUCAACGAAAAAUGGAACCGAAGGGGCGUACUCUCUCCGCGGCUUCGCUGCAUGCUGCCAUUGGCCAACAUGCGCGAGUUCCACGUGGCUUACAACUGCACCGUGCGCAACGAGAGCACCUACUGUCCCGAUCUGUGACGCGAGGAGCGAUUCGAUUACGGUAUACUUACGUUGUUUUCUAAUGCCGCAGUGGACAACUGCGAACCAUUUCAGUGCACUCCGAUUCGCGUCUGACAUACUUGGUUUCGGAUGCUUCCCCAU